CGCCUCACUGUCCCGGGAUGCUGAGGGUGUGUGUAUAGCUACAUCCACGCUCCUCAGCAUCUGUGGUGCGUCAAAGACAUGUCCUAACAUUCGCCCUGUAAAUGUCUGAGCAAGACAACGAACAUAUAUUUGGCUGAGCAACGUCAAACUGGCUCCGGGCUGACAGAAUCCCACUUCUGCGGGGCUGAUGACGGCUAGUCAUGGCUCUCAGGAGAAGAUCGGGGACCGGAGCCAUUGUUUCAGAGCUCAUCCCAUCAGCCUCUAGCAGUGCACCUGAGGGAAAUGAAAAGCUUUCUGGAGAUGGAGGUGAUCCAGUUCCUGAGGAAAAGCUGGACAUCCAGCCACCCUCAAUUGUGACAGCUAGAUUCUGUCUAGGUGAUGGGUCUGAGGACGACUCUAUCCAAGGCGAAAGCCCUCUUCAACAGGACAGCAUGGAGGAGGACUCACUGUCCGAGUAUGAUAAUGUCGUAUCAGGGGAAGAGAAAGAAGAAGAGGAGCAUGAUUACGAGGAAGAUGAAGAACUGCAAACCGAAGCAGACAGGAUGACCUACUAUGUCCACUGUUGUCCUGAAGAUGAAAGCUACAUGGAAGGAAUGGAUUGCCAUGAAGGCGUGGAUGGAGCUGAGUGUCCUGGCACGUCUCGAGAUGUCGGGGAUAUCUCUAAACCAGAGGAGGCUUGGGAACAUGCAGAGGGCUUUUACAAGGUUCUGCAGGAAGACGCAACAGCAAUGGUCUACAAACGUCCAGAGCCUAUCACCGAGACAACCUUCGUACAAGCCCCCAUGGCUGAGGACGAGGAAGAUGAAGAAGAGACAGAGGAAGAAGCAGAAGAGGAGGACAGUGAAGAAGAAGACAUUGUUGGGUUUUUUCACUACGAUGGGAAAGAAGCAGAGUUGAACAACAAUGAGAUCCCAAAUAAAGGUGCUGACAGCUUUCCCAGAGAUGGCAGAAGUUGUCCUCAAGAUUCCAGUUGUGCUAAAUUGGGUCAAGAAAGUGAUGCACUUUGUAACUAUAGAAGGAAUCAGGACAUCCCCAAACACCUAAGGGAUGUCCCUCGAGGAUCAAGUUGUCCUCCUAGAAAUCAAAUGGAAAGGGUUCGGGAAGAGUGUGCCAGUGACUGUCCAAAAGAUUGUGAUGUCCCUGUGGUCACAGAAGGUAGAGGAGACCCUAAACAAAGUUUCAGAUACGGAGCAUAUCAGUCGAAGAGAGUACACAACCGAGACAUCACUAACCAGGAUGGUAGUGAGGUCAACAAUAAAGCUAAGUUCGCAGAUCCAGAGGACAGAGGCGUUUGGAAAAAAAGACAUUUGCUAAAAUACUCUAGAGAGGAUGACAGGGACAGACAUGGGAAACUUUCACACAAGCAAAGUAAAAGUCCUGAAGACAGCAAAAACACAGGACAGGACCAUCUUGUUUGUAGUCAUAAACCAAAGGGUGGAAUAGAACGAAAGAUCAUUGGGGAUGUUGAGGAAGAGCAGAUUGAGAACAGAGUUAAGACCAAACUCAAAAUUUCUCCAAACAACUCUGAGAGGAACAAUGGUGCAUCUGAUACGACCAAUAAUGGGAAAGAGGCUCCUGAUAGUUCCAGGGCCUCUUCAACAUCAUCAGACAGGAGAAGCAGCCAAUCCAGAGCCCAUGUUAAUACACCUGUACAGUCCCCAGACAAACGGCAACAUGAAGACUUGACCAAACCUGUUGAAAAGGAGAAGACAAAGCCUAAUCAGGAACAGCAAGCCCAGAGAAAUCCCUCUUUCCCAAGCUUUGUGGACAUCCCUGGUCCAUGUGAGCCAGAAGAUCUCAUCAAUGGAAUAAUCUUUGCUGCAAACUACCUCGGCUCGACCCAGCUGCUAUCUGACAGAAACCCGUCCAAAAGCGCGCGCAUGAAGCAAGCUCAAGAAGCUGUGGACUGUGUUAAGUCUGUAGAGGGUGAAGCUCAGAGCUUGACAGAGAUUGACUUGUUCAUCUCAACCAAGGCCAUCAAGGUGCUCAAUGCUGACACACAGGAGACACUGAUGGACAACGCCCUCCGCACCAUCUCUUACAUCGCAGACAUCGGUGAGGUGGUGGUCCUGAUGGCUCGCAGGCGUCUGUCGAACGCCUCCUCGCUCGACUGCACAGAUUCAGGCCUCAGGACAGAAAGUCGGAAGCAGUACCACAUGAUGUGCUACGUCUUUGAGUCAGAGGAUGCCCAGCUCAUCGCACAGUCCAUCGGUCAGGCGUUCAGCAUGGCCUACCAAGAGUUCCUCCGAGCCAAUGGGAUCAAUCCCAAGGACCUCAGCCAGAAAGACUACAGUGAUAUCCUGAACACUCAGGAGAUGUAUAAUGACGACCUCAUCCAUUUCUCCAAUUCUGAAAACUGUAAAGAGCUUCAGCUAGAGAAGCAGAAGGGUGAGAUGCUGGGUGUGGUGAUCGUGGAGUCAGGCUGGGGCUCCAUCCUGCCCACCGUCAUCUUGGCCUGCAUGCUGAACAACGGCCCUGCCGCCCGCUCCGGCAAACUCAAUGUGGGCGAUCAGAUCAUGGCGGUCAACGACACCAGUCUGGUGGGCCUGCCGCUCGCCACCUGUCAGGGCAUCAUCAAGAGCCUGAAGAAUCACGUUCAAGUGAAACUAAGUGUAGUGAGUUGCCCUCCAGUUACUACUGUCCUCAUAAAGAGACCCGACCUGCAAUUCCAGCUGGGUUUCAGUGUCCAGAACGGCAUAAUCUGUAGUCUGAUGCGUGGAGGUAUUGCGGAGAGGGGCGGAGUGCGAGUCGGCCACAGAAUAAUUGAGAUAAACGGACAGAGUGUGGUUGCUAUGGCGCAUGAGAAAAUUGUCCACGCCCUUUCAGUAUCUGUAGGAGAGAUAAACAUGAAAACUAUGCCUGCCAUCAUGUUCAGGUUGUUAACUGGUCAAGAGACACCGGUGUACAUAUAAGGAAUCAUAAAACUGGGACUUUUUCCUGCAGCU